GGGAAAAUAUUCAUAACUUGCCUCAAAAAUAAACAUCAUAUCGAAGGAAAUCUGGCAACUCUCGAAUGUUCAUACGGCGCGGCGUUCUUCCUUAGCACGGCAGCAUUUACAUUUAUAUGUAUAGACUUUGCCGGGAAAGUUUCCGCAUGGAUUCCACCUUUCGAGAUGUAAAAUGACGUGAAUGUAGCGCCUUGAUCGCCAAGAGAUAACUAUUCGGGCUUGGCGGUAAUGUAAUGUUGCAUACUUCAUCAUUUGAAGGCGUUUUUCAAAAUCGACGCGGGCGAUCGAGGCUGGCAAUGCUGGUGUGAGGUGUAGACAGGCUUAUCCCAAUUUUGAAAGUGUAGAAUCUGUCGAUUCCUAGACGGUGAAGCGCAACUACACUCCAACGUGACAACCUUUCAACUCUUUAAAUGUGAUUUCAUAGGAAACUGAUCCUUGAUGACAACGUGAAAAAAUUAGGUUACAAAUGCACUCCCAAGUAGUAUUUCAGCUGUCGCUCGAGUUUUGAUUUUAAUCAGUCUGUCCAGCGUGUAAUUUACUGACGGGCGAUGUCUUAUCGAAAUUAGAGGUAUAGCAUCUGGACUAUUAAUAAUCACUCCUUAUCUAUCGAUCGGUCGGGUCCCUAGUGGCAUACUGUCGAGCCCCCUUGUUGCACCAGCUGAGGAGUUUAAUAUUCAUUAUUCAUGUACGUCAUGAAUAACGUUUUCAUUCAUAAUUUGUUCCCCAGUCUGAGUUGAUGACGUCUCUGUCCCCUAAGUCCCAGGAAAUUCACCAAAAUGGCGUCGAAAACGACGCAGGUGUACGCGAUUUUCGGUUUAUUUGCCGCUGGGUGUGUUUCCGCACAUAGAAAAUUCCCACUAGGCGUACACGACUUCGCAGACAUCAUCGUGAACAACUUUACGUACGCGGAUAAGUCGAUGUUCAUCAAGGCGGUGAUGCGGGACGAUCCCAGCCUGAUUCUCAUCACCCGUCCGCGACUCUUCGGCAAGACGACAGCUCUCUCCAUGCUCCGCUACUUCCUCGAGAACCGCAUCAGCCCGGCAACGGCCAAGAAGAUCGGGCACUUGGAUCUUUUUCGCGGUACCAGUAUCUCCAAAGACACAGCCUUCUGCAGGGUCCAUCGCGGGCAGUACCCUACCAUCCACCUUUCCCUAAGCAACGUCAAUGCGGACAGUUACGAGGCCGCGAAAACCGAUAUAGCUCACUCUGUCGGAGAGAUAUUCCGCCUCCAUGAGUACCUCCUCGAUGGUGACCUCCUCACCGACAAAGAGAAACGCACCUUCGAAGCCGUUCGUGAUGAGACGGCCACUCUCUCUGACGUCACGGCAGGCGUCCGCAUGUUAUGCUCUUAUCUACACCGCAAAAAUAACAGAACCGUCGUCCUUCUCAUCGACUCUUUCGAGAAACCCACCCUAACUGCCUUCCUCAACCACUACAUUGACCAAAUGUCAUCCCUGCUCCACGAUCUCCUUCUACCGGCACUGAAAGACAAUCCGCACGUAUGCAAAUGCGUCAUCACGAGCAUCAGCGGCAUCGGGCAGGAAAGCCUCCUCACAAAACUCCCUGAAAUGCGGGUCUACUCAGUUCUUGACGACGAGCGCUACACCGAGUUCUUCGGGUUCCUGGAGAGCGACGUGCGCGCUCUGGUGGACGAAGCCGGACUCACCGCCAAGCGCGAGCUCCUCGACACUUGGUACCGCGGGUACGAAUUCUGCGGUACUCAGCUUUAUAACCCGUUCUCCGUGUUGUCCUUUCUGAACCAAGGGGGAAAGCCCGGGGUCUAUUGGGUACCCGGCGGUCUGACGGAUUUCGUCGUGGAGUUGAUGUUUGCCUUGGCUCCGACGGUGGUGCGGCCAGCCCUCGAAAAACUUUUUUCCAACGGGAGUAUAGAUACAGUGAUGUAUCGCGACAUGUCGUACCUGAUCGUCUUCCCAGAUCCGCUCUGGACCCUUCUCGUUCAUAACGGAUACCUGAUCGCAACUCCGAGAGACAUAUCAGGACUUCAUACUGUCCGAAUCCCUACCAAGGAGAUCAGGGAUGGGUUGUUGGAUUUGUGUACAAAGAAGAUGCCAGGGAAGUUGAACGUUACAAAUCCGAUUCCGCUAUGUAAGGAAAAUAAAACCAGUACAAUCAACUCAACAAGUACUUAGGUCAAUAGGUCCCGGGUUCGAAUCCCGGUGGUGGCGACGAAUUUUCAUUAUACUGACGAGUGGAUCUGAAGAGGCAGAUUUCACUCGGCCUUAAGAUGGUUCGAUGGGCGUCAUAUUUUGUGUCAGAACGACGUGCGAUAUAUCGCAUCGAUUGGCUCUAUGUUUUCAGCUACUAACCAUUUUUCUCGAAUUUUGAGAUCGCAAUUCUGUUGUCAAGAGACUAAAGCACUCAC